ACCGGCGCCACCACACCCAGCCAUGAAGGAGACGGCAGCCGCAACACCUAUCCAAGCGCCGCACGUGCUCGUCGUCCCCUUCACGGCGCAGGGCCACACGCUGCCGCUCCUCGACUUCGCCGCCCUGCUCGCCGCGCGCGGCCUCCGCCUCACCGUCGUCACCACGCCGGCCAACCUCCCGCUCCUCUCACCUCUCCUCGCCGCGCACCCCGAGGCCGUCCGCCCGCUCACCCUCCCGUUCCCCUCCGACACGUUCCUGCCCCCGGGCCUCGAGAGCAUCAGGGGAUGCUCCCCGGAGUACUUCCCCGUAUUCGUCCACGCGCUCGCCUCGCUCCGCGAGCCGAUCCUCGCCUGGGCCAGGUCGCAGCCCGCCGACCCCGUCGUCGCCGUCAUCGCCGAUUUUUUCUGUGGAUGGGCGCAGCCGCUCGCUCGCGAGCUCGGAGCCGCCGGGAUCGUGUUCACGCCUUCCGGCGUCCUGGGCACUGCCAUCCCUCACUCGCUGUUCCGCCGCCUCGUGAGGCGCCCUGCUGAGUGCGGCGACAAGUUUACCGUCAGCUUCCCCGCGAUUCCCGGCGAGCCGACGUACCAGUGGAGAGAGCUCUCCAUGAUGUACAAGUGGUUCGUGGAAGGUGGAGGCGGACACGAAGAGCAGGUCGCCCAGGUCCGCGAAUCGGUGAGGCAAAACUUCCUCUGGAACCUGCAGGAGAGUUGGGCGUUCGUGUCGAACACCUUCCUGGCGCUCGAGGGGAGGUAUCUGGACGCGCCUCUGGAAGACAUGGGGUUCAAGCGCAUCUGGGCCGUGGGCCCCGUGGCGCCGGAGACGGACCCCGCGGGCACGCGCGGUGGGGAGGCGGCCGUCGCGGCGGCCAAUCUCAGCGCGUGGCUCGACGCCUUCCCGGAAGGCUCGGUCGUGUACGUGUGCUUCGGGAGCCAGGCAGUGCUGACACCGGCAGUGGCGGCGGCGCUGGCCGAGGCGCUGGAGCGCAGCGCCGUGCCGUUCGUCUGGGUCGUGAGCACCGGGAACAGCGGCGUUGUUCCUGAAGGCUUCGAGGCGCGCACCGCGGCGGCGGGGCGCGGGCUGGUGGUGCGCGGGUGGGCGCCGCAGCUGGCGACGCUGCGCCACGCCGCGGUGGGGUGGUUCAUGACGCACUGCGGGUGGAACUCGGUGCUGGAGGCGGCCGCCGCCGGGGUGCCCAUGCUGGCGUGGCCCAUGACGGCCGACCAGUUCACGAACGCGCGGCUGCUCGUGGACGAGGUGCGCGUCGCGGUGCGCGCGUGCGCGGGGGGCUACGGCGUCGCGCCCGACGCAGGGGAGCUCGCGGCCGUGUUGCGUGACGCGGUCGGAGACAAGGCCCGCGGCGUGAGGGCACGCACCAAGGAGCUCGCCGCGGAGGCUGCGCGAGCGAUGAAGGAAGGCGGGAGCUCGUACGCGGAUUUGGAGGCGUUGGUGCAGGAGAUUCGGAAGCUGUGUUGAAUUCAAGCUGAUGGUCUGGAUUGAACUAUUGUUGUGUAAUUAUUUUCGAAAGUAAGCAGAUCCUGAUGUUUAAUUGGUUGGGAAGAACAAAAUGUUUGGGUUGAAAGAGCAUAGUUUUGAGCUUUUCCGUUGUUUUCACAGCAUUUGUAAAUUGUAAAUGAAAAGAACAUUUGCAAAAUCGGGGGGGGGGGGGGGGGGGGAGGCGUGUUGUAAUUUCCUCUCUCUUUUCUUUUUCGCUGUAAUUUGGUGUCUAUCAAAGGAUUUGAGGCUUUGAGGCAUUAGCAAUUUACAUAUUGACAAUCACAA